CUUGUGCCGUAGUGAGUUGAUUUGCAGACCUUUUGUGCUCUAGUUAGUCACUAUUCGUUUAAAACCGUCCACACGAGAAGAAUACUGUUUUGACUCAACCUUAGCAUAUAAUUUUGCUAGCAAGUGUGUUUCCGUUGAAGCCGAGGCAGGGUCAUCUAUUGUUUUGUAAAUUAAGACUUGCUGCCAAUCCACUCCGCGUUUGAGGGAAAUCUGCAGCCGCAAUGCUAUCUCAACCAAAACGUGCCCGAGGAGCUAAGGCGAUAGAUGAACCGGAGAAACUGACGCUGCUGUCGCUGCCGGAUCUGCCCCUGUUGCGGGUGCUCUCCUUCCUACCGAUGAAGGACCUGUCCGCCGCGGGGACGGCGUGCUGCCGCCUGGGCGCGCUGGCCAGAGCGCACUGGUCCCUGUGGCGGGGGAAGAAGCUUGGCCCCGUCCGCGCCGGAGGUCUCUGGGACCUGCUCCGGGUCGCGCCGCCUGUGGACAAGUUGUGUUGUGAGGACUCGAUUGCUAAUUCGUACGCACGGUGCUUUGAAAGCUAUGAGAGUGAGCGCUCGGCAGUGGUCGCCUCCUGCUUGGUGGUAACCACCAGCGACGCAUUCUUCUUGGCCUGCCUCAUACGGGAGUUUGCCCCCCGGUUGAAACAUCUAUCUUACUCCGGAAAUUAUCUCAACAUGCUCUACUUCAACUUGCAGUACGCCAGACGUAUAGAGAUUUUGGGCUUAGAUUGUGAGGCCAUAAACGGCGGAAGAGCGUCUUGGCCGCAGGAUGUGGUGUUGCCGAGAUUGCACACCGUAGUGAUUAGUGAGUUGGACGAGGAGCAGGAUAGCGACUUUGAGCCCGCGAUCGAUGCUUUUCGCUCGCUGUUGCAGGCACACAGAGGACGGCUGCGGUCCGUGUCGCUGGGCGGUCCAGAACUGGUCCCGCUGUUAGACGCGUUGGACGCACGCCCCAGCAACAGCAACAACCUCCAGUGUCUGGAGGUGGAGACAGGAAAAGGCGUAGCUGCGGGGCUGCGGCCGUUCCAACCGGUGCUAAAGCACCUCAUCAUUCACUGGACCUCUUCACGCACUACAGAGAUGGCCAAACUGUUGAAGUCCUGGUCGGGCCCACUCGAGCGCCUUGAUCUCGACAGUGCCACGCCAAAGAUGUUGAGUAUCCUCGGGGAGGGCAGCCUCGCCGGCCUCCGGUACCUGGAUCUGAGGGACAUCUCCUCCAAGGCUGACCUGCAGUGGACGCUCGCAGGCCUGCCCGGGCUGCACAAGCUCGUCCUCCGACGUUGCCAUGGGGAAAAGUCCCUUGAAAUACUCUGUGCCAUGUCUCCCACCAUCAUCCCCGCCCUUGAGCUACUCAUUUUUAAGAGCUUCAAAGAAGAAGGCUGUUCUAAGUAUCAAGAAGACUGUCCCAGAGUCGCGAAGCUGGCCCCAGCGGUCAAGAGCCUGGUGCGACGAGCGCCCCUGUCGCUGCACUGUGUCAUGCUACCGCACUGCGGCGGCGGCCACUGGCGUGGGCAGAAUGAGCGCAAUGAGCGCUGUUGCACUGUUUUCUACCGACACUCCACCGUGGCCGUGGCUGAAUGUCCGCUGUGCGCCGAGGCUGUUUCCGCCAUCCGCUCCCUAUAUUACCACCACGAUAUACAGGCCACUAAAAUGACACGUAUCCAAGUUUGAUUAGUGUGAAAAUUAAAUGAAUAAAUUAAUUUUCAAAAAUUG